ACUUGUCAGGAAUGCCUUAGAACUGUGAAAACAGCCUGGGAGCUGGGAGAGGAUGCAGCGUCGUGUGGCCGGUCAGAUCACUCACCACGGUUUACACUAGUGGGGCGGCUCAACAUUGCCUGACAGACAGAAAAGGAAGAGCAACUGUAAGGUCUCCUCUCCAAGACAUGCUGCUGAGGCCCAGUGGUGCCUGAAGAGACUGAGAAAAGAAAAAAGUGUGCAGACAGGCAAUAAUGCACGUGUGAAACAGCGAGUUGAGGCGGAUCAUUUUUCCCACUGAGUCAGACUAAGCCACCCCGCUUCUCUGAAGAGAGACCUUUCACUCCUGCGUGUCGCCAUGGAUCAGCCGACCAGCAGCUGCAUGAGGAGUGCCCACCCGGGGAGCCCUAUCUGGGGGUGCAUGCGGAACCCUCAUGCAGGUGUACCCACAGCGGGGUUGCAGUCCUACCAGCAGGCCCCUUUCUCCCUGCACCAAAAGCCUGAGUUUCUGGCCUACACGGAUUUCUCCACCUCCUGCCUGGUGUCAGCGCCACACGCCUACCCGCGCGAGGAGCGGCUGUACGCUGAACCGCACGCUGGCUUCCAGCGGGCGGACUGGCAGUUCCCAGUCUGUGAGCCCCGGGGUAGGGGGCAGGAGCCCUGUGCAGCAGCUGUGGUGGCGGUGGGGGGUGGAGGUGGGGGGGACAUGGACAGUGCAGGUGGGGACAGGCUGCCUGGGGCAAUGACCAGGUGUCUGGAUGAAGAGUUCUCCCCACACAGCAUGGCACCCACUGAGACGGAGAAAAAGACCUCCAAGCGAAAGAGAGACAUCACAGAGAUCCAGGACUCCAGCUUCAAGGCUGACUCCAACUGUAAGGCCCGGAAGGAGCGUACAGCAUUUACCAAGGAACAGCUCCGGGAGUUGGAGGCAGAGUUCACUCAUCACAAUUACCUGACUCGGCUACGUCGUUACGAGAUUGCAGUCAACCUGGACCUCACCGAGAGACAGGUGAAGGUAUGGUUCCAAAACCGACGGAUGAAAUGGAAGAGAGUGAAAGGAGGGCAGCCAGCCUCCCCCCAUGACUUGGAGGCAGACGAGGUGGAUUCUGCUGCGUCACCCAGCUCAGAGUGAAGGGCCAGAAGCCUACCAAUACCAGUUGGACACGUAGAGAUGCCAAAUUGCAUCCUGUGAUUCUUGGCUGCCAGUGCCCGAACACGGACAGAAAGACUUCUGCAUCUGCAACGAUUUUUACUCUUGACUCCAGGGCAAACUGCAGUGUGAUUCCUCUUGUAAAUAUUGCUUGAGUGGCUAUGCUACACAAGGACUCUCAUUUGGAUAAUUGGCUCAAGAUCCACGUUUGUAAAUCUCAUAUCCAUGAAAUGUUAGACUUAUAAUUCUUGGAGCACUGAUUAGAAGUGAGUAAGGCAAACAGAAAAUAGAGACCGCUGUCAUCACUUCAGUGCAGACAAAGGUGAAUCUGUUUGAUGACCACUCCACCUUCCAGCUCAUGUAUGGAAGACAUGACAUUUUUUUACUGAGCUUGUUCAGGGAGACUGUGCUCUUUGACCGCUCUCCUGGAUCUGUCUCUUUCUGGACUUCCUGUUGGAAAACUGCAUCACAGUUCAGGUGUGAGAUCAUAGCUUCCGCUGUCUGGCCCCAAGCGCUUGUUGAGAACAUGAAACCCCAAGAUUUUGUGACCAUUCCAAAACUGCC